AAAAUCUGGGGGUACGAUGAAGUGUUUUAUUUUCCGGUGUUGUGGGGGCCACGAUCUUUCCUCUGUUUGAAUCUGAUUAAACGUCUCUAUAAGUAGGCUGCAUGUAGGUCUGUGACUCCCUGUAAGUAAAAGAUCUCGAACGUAGUAUGUAACUUCUCCACAGCGCAGAGCAGAGCAACGUUUUUUUAUUUAUUAUUAUUAUUAGAAGAAAUGGGAGUUGGAGGCACACUAGAGUACUUGUCUGAUCUAAUGGGCAGUGGCCACCACCACCACAAGAAGAAGAAGAAGCAGUUCCAAACCGUGGAGCUAAAGGUGAGAAUGGAUUGUGAUGGUUGUGAGCUUAAGGUCAAGAACGCUCUCUCCUCACUAAGUGGGGUGAAAUCUGUGGAGAUAAACCGAAAACAGCAGAAAGUGACAGUAACUGGGUAUGUUGAACCAAACAAGGUGCUGAAGAAGGCGAAAUCAACAGGGAAGAAGGCUGAGAUUUGGCCCUAUGUGCCUUACAACUUGGUGGCUCAUCCAUAUGCAGUUCCUUCUUAUGACAAGAAGGCUCCUCCCGGUUAUGUGAGGAGAGUGGAGGCCCCUGCUCACACUGGAAUCAUCACAAGAUAUGAAGACCCUUACAUCACCAUGUUCAGUGAUGACAACCCAAAUGCAUGCUCUAUCAUGUAGACAAAAAAAAGAUAUGCUUUUUCUCAUAGCACUGUAAAUUUUCAAAUUUUAAUGCAGUGUUUUUUUUUUGUUCUGCUCUAUUUUCAAGUUCUUGUUGCUUUCCUGGAGUGUUGUCUUCUUUUUUGGUUUUUACAUAAAAAGAUGAGAAGAGACGUUGCUGUGAUCAUUGUUUUUCUAUUUUUUUGCUUCAGUGUUCCAGAUUGUACACUGUACUUGCCUCCUUGUAGGUUAGCAGUAGGUAGUUUCGGUGGGCCUUGACCUUGACCUUGAGAUAUAAAUAUGAUAUUGUUUUUUUGUGG